GUUAAACAGCCACGGUGUGUGAUCAUAAUAAAGACGUCACCCGCUGCUCCGACGGAGCUAGCUAAGUGCGCAGUUUUUGUCUGUAGCGCAACAACAAUUUCAGCAUGUUCGCAGCCAACGCAGGAAUCGUCUUUUCCUGCCAUCGAAACACUCGACUGUUCAAUUCUGCAUUGGGGCCGCAGCCAAGACAGCGUCGUUUCGUGUGGUACAAUUGCUAAUACUGUGCUGGAGUGCGCCGUAGCACGCUAAAUCAGCGAGCUGUUAGCUUGCACUAAGAGGUAGGAUACGAAUGGUGUUUUUUGAGGUAUGUAUAACUGCGACACUGCGACACUGUCUCUCACAGCACGUAUGUAUGCGUUUCGGUGGUAGCUAAAUUUAGCUUACCGAAAGAUAUUAGGUCACAAAUUUGUAUUUAUCACGCACAAGUGACGAGUUAAUAGAAUUACGUGACUACUUCUUGUAGUCUUGCCGUAGUAGCGUGGGGUUGUGUGCGAGUAGUCUUUCGUCGUAUCUAGCACGCCGAGGGUACGUUUCAACUAAGCGGAGAGACCACGCAUGGACAUGGUUUUGAUUUAUGGGAGCUAUUUUCAUCUUAUUAAAACAUGCUUCUACAUUUUAGAUACGGUUUUAAAAUCUACAGCUAGCUAGCUAAGUGUAGCCUACUCGCUACGUACUUCCAUGUACCGUUUUAAUAUUACCACUCGAAAUGGCACGCCCACUUCCACGGUGCAACAUUGUACAGUAUGUCCUCGGAGCAUGUUUUCCUAGCAGGGGAACUGCAUGUUCCCCGUCUGUUCUGGCGUUACCCCAAUCUAAUGAUAAUUAGCCCUAUAUAAUUUUCUAUAUAGUGGAUGGCACAUUCCAAGCGCCAUAUGAUCAAAUGUCACACGAUUUCUCCGACCAGAAUGUAGCGGUAGGGGUUUAAAGCCCCAUUAAAACGGGUACAGCUUUUCAGGCGGCAGGCUGCGAUCAUUCACGUGUUGUAAAAUAACCAUGAAGAAUCCUGUAGUUUGUCAUGUGUGAUCUAACUACCUCCACAUUUUGGUGAAGGUGUGUGUAAGCGUGAACAUCACUGUGGGCUCGUGUAAUGAGUGUCAUUGUUAAUUACAUCUGAUUUGAUCCUGACGGAAAAUGUGGUUAGUAAUAUUUUCUUCUGUUCCUAAUACUCUUGCUGUCCCUUGAAUAUUGUAACGGAGUGGUUAUAGACACGUUGUCUGUGAAUAUACGAUAUAAAUUGAUGUCUGAAAAUGGUAAUAGUAUCCCCAAAAUAUACUGAAACAAUUUUGCAGUGUCUUUUACAAUUAGAGUUUACUGAGUUACUGGAAACAAGCUGUGCCUGCUGAUUUUUGCCUUCCACAACGGUAUACCUGUCAUCUUUUGAAUCCAGGAAUGAGAGUUUUUUCCAGAGUUUUCUCUUCGCUGUCUGUCAUAAGUGUCUGUUGUGAGAGCCAGAAAACAAAGACUAGAGAUUUAAUUCAAACUCAUGUUUACAUUACAAAGAAUGACUGUGGUGUUGCAUAUAAAUUUUCCCCAGCAUGGUCUGUGGGUUUAUGAAUACUGCUCUUUGCAGCAAAAUAAGUGUAUGAUUCCUGUGGACCAAUUAGGAGUAUUCUACAGUCAAGGCUACUGUGUCACUGACUUACACAGUGUGUGCUAAGGUUACUAAUAUAUUUAUUCCCUAAUUACAGAAUUGUCCCCUUAACGAGAGGCUUAUUUUCACAAAGAGUGGAAUAUCUGGUCAGUCAGCUAGUCAUUUUUACUUUUAAAAUAACAGGCCAACUCAUUAGCUCAUUAGCAUGCUUGAUACACAGGCGUCAGGCCAUUGGAGUGAUAAAAUUGGAUGGCAGCGGCAGAUAGCUGUCCAAAGAAUGACCUCUUGACUACCCAGCAAAUAUGGCAGCAAACCGAUUUAGUUUAAAAGUUAAAGCCCUUCAUUUUUGCCAAAAGCUCACCUCAACUGUUCAGUGUUAGAAUGACGUUCAUUGACAGCUGGGGUCAGUGGGAAGAGGCAGGAAGCUGAAGCAAGUGGGUACAUGCACAGGUGCACUGCAGCUGCAGUGGAAGGGGUUGGAAUGAGAACCGAGGACUGGGCACAGUAGCACAAAGUGGCUGCGUCAGAAGGGAAACUUUUAGAGUUUACAUUUCAGUAAAAAAUAGUUUGACACAGUAGAAGCGUGAGAUUGUCUAGGUUGUGCAUGAAGAUGAGGUGGGGGUCAAAUGACACAAGAAGGAUGAGAGCCCACAGGCAUGCAGUUGAAGAUUCCAGAUGUCCUAAUAAUCCAGUAAAAAAAUUCCAUAAGAAUAUUUGUGGUCGUCUUAGAAGAGAUCCCACAGAACCCACAGUACCUGUUAUAAUUACGUCACAUGACCAGUAAGCCACUAGGGAUUGGCGGGAGUGGAAGACAGUAGAUGAAGCACUAGAGCUUUUCCAUUGGCCAGGUGUUUGUGGUGAAUCAGUGUGCAUUUGUCAGCGGAUGCUUGAUGUGACACACAGGACAAUGGAGGAGACCCUGGGCACUGGCCCCAGCAAGCCCCCUCACAGCCUGGUUGAAUGGCGGAAGAGGGUGAAGUCCGAGUACAUGCGACUCCGGCAGCUGAGGCGCUUCCGUAAAGCAGAGGAGGUCAAGUCCCUGUUCAUGUCUAACCGCAGGAAGAUCAAGGGGAGGACUGACCUGCUGAACGAGGAGUGGUCCAAACUGAAGGUCCAGUCUAUUCCACUCUCCUCGUCCACAGGUCCCCUUCCCAGCAAGAAGCAGUGCAUGGUGGAGUUCGGCUUCCCAGCCUUCCAGUCCCAGGCGGUGGUGAUGAGGCCCCUGAGCACUGUGACGGGAAUUCCCUUCAUGUACUCCUGGUCCCCCCUGCAGCAGAACUUUAUGGUGGAGGAUGAGACGUUUCUACACAACAUCCCCUACAUGGGAGACGAGGUGCUAGAGCAGGAUGAGGCCUUCCUGGAGGAGCUCAUUGACAACUAUGAUGGUGUGCAUGGAGACCGAGAGGGAGGCUUCAUCAAUGAUGAGAUCUUCAAGGACCUGGUGGAGGCCUUGAGCCAAUACUCAGACCAGGAGGAGGAGGAGGAAGCGGAAGAGGUGGGGGAGGGUGUCGAGCAGAUAAAGGAGGAAGAGGAGGGGGUGAAGAACAGUGUGAGCGAGGGGGUUCAGGACACCAAGGUCGAGCCCCCGGUGCUGCGCAGGAGACCAAGGCAGAACGCAACUGAGGUGAUAGAUUCAGCCACCAAAAAGAAGAUCCCCCAUGAUCAGAUAUUCACAGCCAUCGCGUCAAUGUUCCCGUACAAAGGCACGACAGAGGAGCUAAAGGAAAAGUACAAGGACCUCCUGGAGCCCCCCAGCCCGGUCAAGCUGCCCCCUCUCUGCACCCCCAGCAUGGAUGGGCCCUUCGCCAAGUCGGUGCAGCGGGAGCAGUCCCUGCACUCCUUCCACACCCUCUUCUGCAGACGCUGCUUCAAAUACGACUGCUUCCUCCACCCUUUCCACUCCACCCCCAACGUGUACAAGAGGAAGAGCAAGGAGAUCCGCAUUGAGACGGAGCCCUGCGGCCUGGCCUGCUUCCUGCUGCAGAAAGGGGCGAAGGAGUUCGCUGAUCAGAGCAUGCUGAAGUCCCAGCGAGCCAGGCGGCGCCGCCGGCACGCCCACUCCACUGCCAGCUGCACAGGGACGUCCAGUUCAUCAGGGGAGAGCAAGGAAGGCGACAGCGACCACGAGACCACCAGCUCAUCAGAGGGCAACUCGCGCUGUCAGACGCCCACCAAGCUGAGGCCCGCUGCAGAGCAGGGGGAGGAGCCGAGGGAAGAGGCGGGGGAAGAGGCGGAGUCACCGGUGCAGUGGAGCGGAGCCGAGGAGUCCCUCUUCAGGGUGCUGCACGGCACCUACUACAACAACUUCUGCUCCAUCGCCCGGCUCAUCGGCACUAAGACCUGCAAACAGGUGUAUGAUUUUGCGGUGAAGGAGGUUCUCAUCCAUCGUGUCCCCCUGGAGGAUGGGGCCAUCUCCCCUCAGAAAAAGAAGAGGAAGCACAGGUUGUGGGCAAAGAUACAGCUCAAGAAAGAUAAUUCGUCCAAUCAAGUGUACAACUACCAGCCGUGUGACCAUCCUGAGCAUCCGUGUGACAGCUCCUGUCCCUGUGUGAUGACCCAGAAUUUCUGUGAGAAGUUCUGCCAGUGUGAGCACGGCUGCCCGAACCGCUUCCCCGGGUGCCGCUGCAAGACCCAGUGCAACACCAAGCAGUGCCCCUGCUACCUGGCGGUGCGCGAGUGCGACCCGGACCUGUGCAUGACCUGCGGCGCCGCCGAGCACUGGGACAGCAAGAGCCUGUCGUGCAGGAACUGCAGCAUCCAGAGGGGCCUAAAGAAGCACCUUCUCCUGGCCCCUUCGGAUGUGGCGGGAUGGGGGACCUUCAUCAAGGAACCCGUGCAGAAGAAUGAGUUCAUCUCAGAAUACUGUGGAGAGCUCAUCUCCCAAGACGAGGCAGACCGCCGUGGCAAGAUCUACGACCGAUACAUGUCCAGUUUCCUGUUCAACCUGAACAACGACUUUGUCGUGGAUGCCACCCGCAAGGGGAACAAAAUCCGCUUCGCAAACCACUCAGUGAAUCCCAACUGCUACGCUAAGGUGGUGAUGGUGAAUGGUGACCACCGGAUAGGGAUUUUUGCCAAACGGGCCAUUCAGCAAGGAGAGGAGCUUUUCUUCGACUACAGGUACAGCCAGGCAGAUGCGCUGAAGUAUGUAGGGAUCGAAAGGGAGAUAGACGUGAUGUAGACCUGGACGUCGCCUCCUCUUCCCCCGUCCCACUGACAUCCCGGAUUUUCUACCCCCCUCCACAAUACCCAGCAUGCCACAGAGGGCAGUUUUCCAGGAAUUUGGUGGGCCUAGAUCCUUGGACAUGGGAUGAACCAGACUGAUCCAUCCCAGGCUAGCCCCGCGGCGUCAUGCUCUCAUACAUCUGCAGUCCAUGUUGUACAUCGCUUAUGAUUCACAUACAGUAGCAAACUUUGUACAUGAUGCUUGCAAACCCAAGCACUAGUGUAGCUCCACACAUUUCUGCAGCAAUAAUACACAAUUCAUACAAAGUUUUGUCAUCAUUACACGCACCAUGUUGUCAAAGCAAUGUUCAUAUAUUUGUAAAUCCUGUCUGUGCUUUUCAGUUUGGAAGUUUUUGACUUCUUCAGAUACGGAAUUACAGUGCACUCCACUUGAUGAAUCACUGAUAAAUGAAUCACAGUAAAUAAAAUCACAGACUGUCUGCAAAACAUUCUGCAUUGAAAGAUCUAGGACUUAAUUUAAACAGUAGGUGUCUGAAAUAAUAAUUGAUCAUUUAUUUUCAGCAAAUUUUUAAAUUUUGAACUCUGUUCCAUGCUGCAGUGAUGACACCUAAAAUGAAUCUUUUUGUGAGGAAGGAAAUGAUUAUUUCCCCUCCCCCGAUAUACUGUAGCUAAAGCUCCAGCUUAACAAAUGAUCCAAAAUGUGUUUUAUAGAAACUGUCAGAGUACCAAGGCAAGCUUCAGCAAUAUUGAUAACUUAAAUUGUAAGUUUUCUAACUUGGAACUACAUAGACAUUUAGCCAGUUAACAUGGCUAUUUAAACAAGGUGCAUUCUAAUUGAAAGACUGAGAUUUAUAUUUUCCAAUGCAAGUGAUGCUCUGGUCUCUAGUUUGAUUACUUAAAUGAAUUAUAUUGAAUUAUAAUGAAUUACAACCAACCAAUACAUUUAGAAAAAAAAGUAUUGCUAAGACAAUGUAUUGUCCCCAUCUCUGAAUUUUAUUGUAAUGUCACUGCUUAAAAUGAUAUGGGAAUGUGAUAUAGAAAUAAGAAUAGUUAUAUCAAUCAUAUCACAAAUUAUUACUGUACCAUCUACAGUAGGUUUAACCUGUGGUGUGUGUGAAUAAACACAAGAUUUACAUUCUCUUCAGCUGAGCCAUUGGCUCCUUUGUACAAGCACAGUCAAAGCUCACAGUGUAAUUCCUAUAAGCGCAGUGCACUGUAAUAUCACUGUAUCAUCAUUUCUGACCCAAGUAUUUCAUGGUGACACAAACUACAAAUACAUGUAUGAGUGCCGCUUUAAUGUACAAGCUGCUUUUUGUAUCUAUGAAGACAUUCAGUGUCAUAUCUUUACAAUAGUUCUCUGUGGUUUCAUAUUUUAUAGACCACGUCUGCAUAUCAUCGUUUUCUGGCAGUUUUUUAUGUGUAGGACAAUACAGACCAUUGAUGCUAAAAAGGUAGCACUGUCCCUUUGGCUUUUUGCCGUUUUUGACAUCGCCAAUGAUGUCCUGAAAACAUUGCAACCAUGUGAAACCAAAAGUAAAUGUGAGUGCUUCUUGACAAGAUGCCACAUGGAUGUGCAAGCACUGGUAGACAGUGGGGUGGGUGUCACUCUGUUUUAGGUGAACUAGCAGUGGAUAAGUACAUUGGGUGAAUAAAUGGAGCUUCACGUUCAUUUGGAUCCUCUGCACGCUUUGGAAAGUUUUGCCAAACUCACCAAUACCCCAGGUACCUUUUUGAUAAAGUAUGUUUGAAUGCUGCUUCUGACAAAUAGAGAGUAGUGGUAGGCAAGAAGAGGAUGGAGACAGACAGAAGACAGAGAUGGUACACAGGGAUUUUGUCUUCUGUCUGUUUUUAGAGCUAGUGCUACCGUUUUUAGAGGAAUGUUUGUAUGCACUUUUAUUUCUUAUAGAGUAUUUAAGGAAAUGGCUUCUACUUCUUCUGUGAAUGAUCACUGAUACUGAUGAAAACCCAGCGAUAAUCUUGGUCCUCUGAGGGAAAUAUAAGUGCUAGGUGUUUCACAUAACAGUAGGCCAAGAAAAGAUCAUUUGUAUAGAUUACGCACUUUUCAAUGGGAUCUUUCUAUAUUGAAAUUGCUAAAACGCCAUGAAGUUUGCCUUUGUUUGAUCAUUAAACAAUAAAUAUUGUAUCUCAAAUGUAUGUCUUAUUCAGGAUAUUUAAGCAUUGAAGGCUUCUAUAUUCAUUAAAACAUUUUACUUAAAAGUGUGUAAAAAAAAAAAAAGUACCUAAAAGGUUGCCCAUAUAUUGUAUAUCGCAGUAAUUGCUGAAUGGGAUGUCCGAAUUCAGCGUAUACUUUUCCCAUUCAUUUUAAUGGCUUGGACUGAGGGAUGGCAUUUUACAUUCAUUGGCUAAAUUAACUUUCUAAAACUGCUUCAGUUCCACCUCUGUCGAUACAAGCAAUCGUUGAAAAGGGCUUUUGAACAGAAAUCUUCUUGAUUCCCUUUGUUUUGAGAGGGUAAUGGAUAUUAACAAAAAUGUGGUGCACUAGCAAACCCAACGCUGGAGAAGUUGGCAUUUUAAUAAACAUUGAGCACUUAGUUCUAAAAAUUAGAACUAUUAUUAGUCCAUUCUUUUUUCCUUGUCAAGGCAAAUGCUUUGCCAAAGUCAGCCAGGCUUUUCAUCAAUAGGUUCUGAGAAUUUUUUCAGAAAGCAGCUCAUUAGCAUUUUUUACUCAGAAGCGCAUGCCCAUUCACCAUCAGAAUGUCACAAGACUUCUGUAUGUAUCAUAGUUUGCUGUAACUUAUUUGUAUGAUCCUUACAUUCAUUAAAAUGUCAGCAUUUCA